UUGAUUGACGAUUGACCGACCGACAUGUUGUGUUGUUGUUCUGUAUUGCGACUAUAGUAGAUUUUUUAUCAAACUGGUUUUCUCGAAUUACUUUAAAGAUAAUGAAUACAUCAGCUAGUUCCUCUACUUCCAAGGCAAAUAAGAAAAACACGGUCGAAAUUAUGGACGAAGAUACCAUGGAUAUUACGCAGGAGGAUGCCGAUGUUGUUUGCUGGCGUAACCGAACCUGUCAAACCCGGAAUGCGAGAUGGCUCUCCCUUGACAAAAUCUACGAAAAAUUGCACCGUCCAAACUUUUACGAGGUCGGUAAUACAUAUAUCAAUGACGUGCUUGAAUACACGUUCACGGUAAAAGUGGAAAAUGUCGGCACAAUAUUCCUACUGCAUUUAUUUGUUGGUAAUACCCAUGAAGGGUCAUUCAAAAUCAAAGUUAAUGAAGGCAAUGACUUGAAACUGGACCGAAAGAAUGGCAAGGCAUUUCUUUCAUCAAUCUCCAAAGAACACAGGUUUGACAAUUCACCAGAAGGAUCCGCGAACUAUGUAACCACUUACAGUUUCUCAGAGCAAGAUGUUGAUUUGCUUAAAGAUAAGAGAUUGUACAUUGCAAUGUCUUACUUAGAAGGGAAAGGGAUCAAUCAAGAAAUAAUUGAUGAUGUGAAAGCUAGUCACGAUUUUGGAGCACUACUCUCAGAAUCAAUUGGCUGUGAUUUUACAAUAAAAUCAUUGGAUGGAGAAACAUUUAAAGUUCACAAAGCAAUGUUAGUUGCUCAUAGUGAAGUAUUCAAAGCUAUGCUGAAAGAAGAUACAGCCGAAAGUCAGAACAACUUUGUAACUUUAGAUGUAAUGAAGGAGGACCUGCAAUGCAUCUUAGAAUUCAUCUACACAGGCACUGUGUCAGAUUUGGAGAAUAGCAAUUGGUUUAAUUUGCUGAUGUACGCAGACAAAUAUGAUCUUAAAGGUCUGCGAGAAUUAUCUGAGCAUGCUUUAGCUCAACAACUGACUGUAGAUAAUGUCUUAGAAGUACUCAUUGUUGCGGAUAUGUCUAACUCUGAAGAUUUAAAAACUGCAGCACUAAAGUUUAUUAAGAAGAAUCCAUCUGCACUUCAAACUAGCACUUUCAAAGAGAUUAAAAAUGUUAGUUUGAUGGGGGAGCUCUGUAAGGCGUGUGCCUUUGCAAUGACCUGAAUUUAUUUGUAACCAUGUUAAUAUAUUUUUCUCAAACAUGCAAUGAAAUAUUGAUGUUAUGUUCCUUAUAAUAGGCUGCGAAGUAUGACGUUUCAGGUGCGGCUAGGACAAAAGGUCGUUAAUGGAAUUUCAUACACAUCUUGCAGGCCUAGGCCGGCAAAGUCCUCUUUUUUAAUUUUCAUUUCACAGAUAUUUGUGACACAGCAUCGUGGCAUUCAUCCAUUAAAAAAAAACUAGAGGCAGUAUUUGCUUUAUGGUUCGUAAUUACACUCUGUCACUACGCCUAUAAAAAAAACAAAAAACAAUGUUUGCUAUAAUUUGCAGUUUUAUUUGUAUAAAAUCAACAUGAACUUAAUAAAUAAUACAUUCUAUAAUUUUAUAAUUUUAAAUUAUAAAUUUAACUACACAGAUAAAAUCAUUUAAAAUAUUUCAUCUAAACGUUAGCGGUAAAAAGGUCUACUCAAACACGCGUAGUUAUAUUUUUUAAAUUGUUAUGGAGGUAAAGUUGAAAAAUAUUCAUUCUGUUUUAUUGGAUUUAUGGUGCGUUGUUGAUUUUUUGACUUUAAUAUGAGUUCCGACGAAAUAAUGAAAUUAAUAUUAAUUGUAAUCGUAGGUGUUGGAAUUGGCAGCGUAAGCAGAAUUGAUUUUAAAUAACUUGCUGCCUCUGCCGCCAAGUCAAAGACGAAGCAUGUAUAUGGUUGCUUAAAUGGCAAUUUUAUUAUUUGAGAAACUAAGAAAAAUGGCUUACAGUUUAAUAGAAACAGUUUUGUGGCAUAUUUUAAAUGAAUGUAACUAAAAAUUCGUCAACACUGUGGAAAUUAUACUUAUUUACCCCAUGCAUAAAGCAACGAUGUAUGUGAAACAUGAUAUCAACAUGAAAGACUAUGUAAACUUAUGUGACGAAAACGACAGUCAGACGGAUACAAGGCGAAAAAAUCAAAGAUACAUAAAAAUAUACGGGUAGUAAAAAUACACGACUCGUGUAAAACAUACGCGUGAUAAUGAUAUACGUACAUACGCGUGAUAUAUAGUACGUGUUGGUUAUAUUUUGGGUGUAGUUUACUUUUAGUUUUUUCUAUAAAUAAAACUUGGGUUUCGUGGGUUUUUUAUUUUAUUUAUUUCAUUGCAUGUUUGAGAAAAGCACUAUACAUACCUCGGCGGGAAAUGGGGUUGCCCGCGCUCAGACCUAUCCGGCCUCGCUUCGCUCGGCCGUCUAUAUGUCUUCGGCCGGCAACCCCUUUCGUCCCGGCCUCUGUAGUAAUGUACUAUUAAGCUGUGAUUAUUAUAGUGUAAGCAACAUUAAUAUAGUUUGAUAAGUUAUCUUUUCAGCAGUGUGAUGAAUAGCUACUAAAUUAUAGUAUUUGAUUUACACUUGUAUGUACCUGCACUUAACAAUGUGUAAAUUGGGCCUUAAAUAAACUGUAAAAGGAUAUUCAGAA